AUGAAAUUUGGUAUAUUUACUUUUAUCGCAAUUCUUAUAUCGUGCCCCUAUAAAUCAGCCCAUGGAGCGGAUGGGAAUGGUUCAUCCCAAUCAACUGGUGCUACAACCGGUACAACUUCUCCGGGGGCUCAAGUUACUACUCCAGCUACUGGAACUACACCUGGUUCUAAAACUGGUGAAAAAACCGGGGGAACUGGUCUUACCCUUGAUAUCAAGAAGAAUAAGGGAAGCAAUGAGUUCAAGUACUCCGAGCGUGGUAAGUGUAGAUUAUUCACUGCCCAAGGUACUCAUACAUUUUCUAAGAUCGUGACGGGUAACACUGAUGUCUGGAAGUCUACCGGUGAUGACCACGCUGUAAAGGUGUUACUCAAGGGUAAAGGUGAUAAAAAGAAACAUCUUGCCAUUUCCUUUAAGAGUGGUAAGUUUCUAGUUCUUUACAGGGAUGGCAAAGGAAAACCCUGGAAUGAUAUAACCUCUUCCAAAGAUGAUAUAACAAAAUUCAAGUUCUAUGGCGAGGGUGAAAAGGAGCUCACUACUGCGGAUUACAAAAUUGACAUUGGACUUAUGUUUUGUUACUUGGUAAUAUUCAAUAGUGAAGGUAAGUGUAAGAAAAUUAAGUUUGGAGAUAAAGAAAUUUGGAAACCUGAUGAUUCUGACACAAAAUUUAAAAAAUUCAAGUUUUUUUCAGUAGAUCUUGAUUCAAACGAUUGCCUCAUUAUUAACAAUUACGGUGAACACAAGAGAAUAGAAAUUACUAAGCCAACUACUACUGGAACUACUCCUGGUACUGGAACUAAUCAAGGAUCUGGAUCAACUCCUAGUACUAAUCCUUCGGGUCAGACCGGAACUAGUACAACUGAAGGUCCUAAGAAAUCUCCAUGA